GCUUCUCAGUCGAACGCGCAGACCGACAGCGACGGAACGUUUGGGAGUGUUUAUGGCUGCUUGCUCGGCUCGACACCCAGUCGUUUCAUUGUCUUUUUAGAGGCCACGGAAAUGGAACUGUCGAACUACAUUCAGUGAGGAAUAUAUUUAAGGGAAAGUAUUUUUUUCCGUAGGCACGGCUAACUUUUAAGUUCUAAACGAGUACGCCAGGCGAUAUUUAACUUCAUCGGUCGCGGGUAGUUCUUGUAAAAAGAUACUCGGCGGAAGUCUAACCCUGGAUUAAGACCGCAGCUUGAAGUCGUGGAGUUUGUUUCUGCACUGGGAAACUAGACGAAUUUCAUAGGUCAACUAUAUUUGCAACUUUUGUUUCUCGUCAGCUGUGCAAAUUAUCGUAGCAGCACACAUUUGCGGCAGCUAAAUUUAGCACGUUAGCUAGGUACGUUAGCUGCAUUAGUAGCUGUACUGUUUUUUCUGCAGUCAGGGCUGUAGUUGUAAUCCAGGCAACUUUUAAUGACAAUGUCUUACCUACGUGUUGCAACAGGUAGACCGUUUGCAAACACGCAGAAGCAGCAAAAGCACACAGAUAUUUAGAGAUCAAUAUUUAUCUUGUGCGGAUUACUUCGGGUGGCAGUUCGGGCGGUGUCGUCAGUGUAAGUUUUGGUUUUUUGGCUCAUGAUUUGAAGAUUGUUUUCCAUUUCACAAUACAAGAUACCCAAUGAUGCGGUUCAUGGACACAGUCUAACCCUGAUACCCACCGACCAUGUUGGAUCAUACAGAAUAACAUAAAUCUUGGAAAGGAGACGGGCGUCAGCUCGGACACUUCGCUCCAGAAUUUGAUGCUGAUGUGAACAGAAGAGGAAACCUAUCAUCUGAUAUACAGCCUGAAAUCUUCGUCAGUUUAUGCCUCAAAAUGUCGGCCAUUUCUGCAUCCGAGAAAGUGGACGGGUUUACAAGAAAAUCCGUGAGAAAGGCGCAGAGACAGAGGAAAUCUCAAGGCUCUUCUCAGUACCGCACUCAGAGCGCUCCAGUUGAGCUUUCCCCGCUGCCGCAACUCAAAGAUGCCCCCUCCACAGAGCAACAGGAACUGUUCACCCAGAAACUUCAGCAGUGCUGCAUACUCUUUGACUUCUUUGACUCUGUGACGGACCUGAAAAGCAAAGAGAUCAAGAGGGCCACGCUAAAUGAGCUGGUGGACUUUGUUUCCACUAACAGAGGUGUGCUGGUGGAGUCUUCGUACCCAGAGAUCACUAAUAUGAUCAGCACCAAUAUUUUCCGGGCUCUUCCACCAAGUGAAAAUCCUGAUUUUGACCCAGAAGAGGAUGAACCCACUCUGGAGGCUUCUUGGCCUCACAUGCAACUGGUCUACGAGUUUCUGCUGCGGUUUUUAGAAAAUCCAGACUUCCAGCCCAGCAUCGCAAAGCGUUUUAUUGAUCAGAGGUUUGUUCUGCAGCUGUUGGAGCUGUUCGACAGCGAGGACCCGAGGGAGAGGGACUUCCUGAAGACUAUCCUGCAUCGGAUUUACGGAAAGUUCCUGGGGUUGCGAGCCUUCAUCAGGAAGCAGAUCAACAACAUUUUCCUGCGGUUCAUAUAUGAAACUGAACACUUUAAUGGUGUUGCUGAACUGCUGGAAAUUCUGGGAAGUAUCAUCAACGGGUUUGCUUUGCCUCUGAAGGCAGAGCACAAGCAGUUCCUGAUGAAGGUGCUCAUCCCCCUGCAUACAGCUAAGGGAUUGGCCCUUUUUCAUGCACAGCUUGCUUACUGUGUGGUCCAGUUCCUGGAGAAGGAUCCCACGCUCACAGAGCCGGUGAUCCGCGGCCUGCUGAAGUUCUGGCCUAAAACCUGCAGCCAGAAGGAGGUGAUGUUUCUGGGUGAAAUUGAGGAGAUUCUGGAUGUUAUUGAACCAACGCAGUUCAAAAAAAUCCAGGAGCCGUUGUUCAAACAGGUCUCUAGAUGUGUGGCCAACCCACAUUUUCAGGUAGCAGAGCGAGCACUGUACUUUUGGAAUAAUGAGUACAUCCUCAGCCUCAUCGAGGAGAACAUCGACAAGGUCCUUCCCACCAUGUUUGGCAGCCUGUACAGAAUCUCUAAAGAACACUGGAACCCGACAAUCGUCGCUCUGGUCUACAAUGUGUUGAAGACGCUGAUGGAGAUGAACUGCACACUGUUUGAUGAGUUGACUGCCUCCUAUAAAGCAGACAGGCAGCGGGAGAAGAAGAAGGAGCAGGAGAGGGACGAGCUGUGGAAAAAACUGGAGGAGCUGAAGCUCAGCAAUACUGCUCUGGUCCAGAACAACAGCCACGGGCUCCCCAGUGUCCAUAACAACAACAACAGUAAUAAUAACAAUGAAGACCAGGACAACAGCGCAGACGCUGCUGCCGUGGGUCCUAACGUCUCCGUGGCAGCCAGCGAGAGCACCCCAUGUGCCAAAUGACAGUGGAUGCCAGUGUGUUUUCUUUUUUUAAAUCAGUAACGGUUUGACACCGUGUUCAGGACGUCAGGAGAGGAAUAACAGACGUAACACCUCAGCAGUAUAUUGAAUCUACUUAGUGAGUUAGAAAGCCAGCGAUACUUUGGCAGAAAAAAAAUAUAUAUUUCAACUUCAGACUAUUUUUGGAUGUUACAGUGUGGCUGCAGUAUAUUGUUUAUCUGUCUGAUCAAACGAUGUAUCCUUUCACAUUUAGUUUCUUAACUGAUGAUGAUUUUUCUUGUUAUAUUCUUGUUAUAUGAUAUGUGGAAGGGGAGACAAUGACGACUUGAAUUUAAUGUUUUCCAUUGUACUGCACUUAGAAAAGCUGAAUAGCUAUUUAAAAAUGUUUAUUUCUAAUGUGCUUUUCCUUGUUGCUGCCAACACCUGGGUGCAGACCUUAAGACAGAAGGGAACUCUGAUGUUGGAAGCGUUUUGUGCAGAUGGGACCAGACCCAUUUACAUAUAGAAAUCCAUGUAUAUUUAUACAGAGACCCAUUUCUAAACAGCAAAUAACUGAUAUGAGGAGCAGAAGAAGCCUGGAGGCAGUUACCUCAUGACUAGAGAGAGAGGAGAGAAGAACCAUAGCCAAAAAUAAUAAAUGAAUCCCAUAUAUGGAGUGAAAAACUCUGCUUAAGAUUAUUGAAUAUGAAAUAAUUCUAUUUUUUAGUCUAUUUUUGUGUUUCAGGUGUUGGUAAAUAUUUUUUUCAUCUGGGUAAAAUCAUGAAGCUAAUAUAUUAGUUAUCUACAUUUAAACAAUGAUCACACUCAAGUAUUGAGAGAGGGCUUUUAAAGAAUUAAGUGUUUAUGACUUAAAGGAAUAGUUAAACAUUUUGGGAAAUAUUCUGAACUUUGUCAGCAAACAAAGGGAAGCAGCUUACCUGGCUCUCUAAUCCCCCCCAUGAAAAAAAGUCCACCUAAAAGCACUUUUUGAUGGGCACUGAUUACUUGUCAGUUAACUAAUGAAUAGGUUGAAACACAGGCGCUCACCUAAUUCUCUGCAAAAAUAACAUGUACCAGAAUGAUUAAUUAUUUCUUUAAUACAGAGUCUAAAAAAACAUUUUUCAGGGUAUUGGCAGGGUUUAUAUAUUUCAUUAUACAGUGAUUGGAUGCAGGAUGUGAUUGACUGUAUUUCUUCUGUACAUGUUCAGUUUGGAGGCUAUUUAAAGGGAAAUGCCACUCAGCUUCAAAUCCUUUGUACGCCGUGAUGUUUCUGUGGUUUACCUAAGUGCAGGCAGUGGACAAGGAAACAUCAUGGGUGUAAAAGCAAAGACAUAUACUUGUCUUAGGACUUAUCUGGCAUUUGAGAGUGUACAGGACGCCUCUUGUGUUGAAGACUUUUUAUUCCCAAAUAAGGCACUCUGACACAGCGAUGCAGAGAGAAUCGCACAAGAAAACCAGUAGCGCUCUUGUCCGUUAAUGCCUGUUUGCCGUUUCUGCUCCACCAAUGUCAUCAAGUUGAUGUUGGGAGCUGAGAAAUGUGGUUUUGAUCAGAGGAAUGACCUCUGAGAGCUUUUAAAUGUUGGAUGGCGUUCUUUCCGAACCUCAGUGUCUGCUCUGUUCAGUUCAUCUGUUAAGUCCGGUCUUUUCUGAUGCCUUUUCUGUCAGUACAGCAUUCCAGCCUCUGGUAACUUUAAAGACACAACAUGGGGAACCUGUUUUGUAAUCAUAGAUCUUAUUUGGGUUUCACCAUCAAAUAAAGUCUACUUUAUCUUUCUACACAAA